AUGACAUCAUCAAAGCUAUUUCACCAUGAUGAACAUCUAAUCUCGAAUGUAUCAAAUCAUUUAUUGCUGGAGAAUGCUACCGCUGCUGUCACGACUAACACUGAUGAUGGCAUAAAUAAUAAUAAUAAUAAUGCCAGUAAUAGUAAUAACAAUAAUAAUAAACUGUAUUCAGAAUCACUAAAAUCUUUGAGUAUGCCAAUAUUUAAUAACACCUAUCGACGGCUGAAUUCUAUGAAUACAGACCGAGACAAGUCUACAGAUCGAAUCCAUUCAGAUACUGCUAAUACUACUGAUAAUAGUAGUACUGUCUUGUUUAAAAUGGAGGAUAAUUUGUCAAAUUUCCCGUGUAACUCUGCACCACAGCAGCAACAGCAACAACAACAGCGUUAUUGUCUAAUCGAUUAA